GUUCCUCCCGCCGCCGCCCGGGCCCUUCCUGCGCCGCCCUGCGCGGGGGCACCGACGUGUCGCGGCGGAGGAGCCGCGCUAGGCCGCGCAUCCCGCCCGGCGCCGCAGGUCCCCGGCAGCAUUCCCGACGAUGCCGCGGGGAGAGAUAUGACGACGGCCUCCGGGAGAUACUCCUGGCGUGUUCUCCAUAAGCUUUUAUCAAGUGGUGAUUUUAUGCAAUGGCAUCGAGCCACAGUUCUUCACCAGUGCCUCAGUCGAACAGCAGUGAUGCUUUCUUUAAAAAAGAAGCGGACGCCACGAAACGCUUUCGCCCUGCGCAGUCCCUGCCGGAUGUGUGCCCCAAGGAGCCCACAGGCAAUCCCAGUAACUUAUGUGACAGCCCAUCUCUAGUUGUGGAUCAGCAAAGAUGGACUAUUUAUCAUUCCAAAGUCAAUCUCCCAGCAGCACUAAAUGAUCCUAGGUUAGCAAAAAGGGAAUCUGAUUUCUUUACAAAAACAUGGGGAGUGGACUUUGUGGACACUGAAGUCACGCCUUCAUUCUACCUCCCACAGAUCACCAAGGAACAUUUUGCAUUAUACCAACAGGAAAUCGCUCCGAGAGAGAAGGUUCAUGAAAGGUGCAAGAAUAUUUGUACUCCUAAAGAUACCUUUGACGGGACACUAUUACACACUCACGAUAAAUCCAGGACAGAUCUGGAGCAAGUACCUAAGAUUUUUAUGAAACCAGAUUUUGCCUUGGAAGAUUCCUUAACAUUUAAUGCCGUUUUACCAUGGUCUCAUUUUAGUACCGCUGGUGGAAAAGGAAAUCGUGAUGCAGCUUCCUCCAAAUUACUUCAAGAAAAGCUGAGCCAUUAUCUGGACAUCGUGGAAGUGAAUAUUGCUCAUCAGAUUUCUCUCCGCUCCGAAGCAUUUUUUCAUGCAAUGACCUCUCAGCAUGAGUUGCAGGACUACCUCAGGAAAACCUCCCAGGCUGUAAAAUUGCUUAGAGAGAAAAUCUCUAAAAUUGAUAAAGUAAUGUGUGAAGGAUCGCUUCGAGUUUUAAGACUGUCUCUCACCAGAAAUAACUGUAUAAAAGCAUACAAUAAACUGAAGUUAAUGGCUACUGUACACCAAACACAGCCCACAGUACAGUUGCUGCUCUCCACUUCAGAGUAUGUUGGAGCUUUGGACUUGAUAGCAACAACACAAGAGGUGUUACAGCAAGAGCUUCAAGGUAUUCACAGUUUCCGGCAUCUUGGCUCACAGCUUUGUGAACUGGAAAAGCUGAUAGAUAAAAUGAUGAUUGCAGAGUUUUCAACUUAUGCCCGCAAUGAUUUAAAUAGACCCCUAGAAGAUGAUUGCCAAAUUCUAGAAGAGGAGAGACUUGUAUCUCUAGUGUUUGGACUUCUAAAACAAAGGAAGCUAAAUUUUUAUGAAAUAUAUGGCGAUGAAAUGAUUAAUACCGCAAAGAAUAUCAUUAAACAGUGUGUGGUUAAUACGGUAUCGCAGAUAGAAGAAAUAGAUACAGAAGUGGUUGUUAAGCUUGCAGACCAGAUGAGGAUGAUGAAUUUCCCUCAGUGGUUUGAUUUACUGAAGGAUAUUUUUUCUAAAUUCACCAUCUUCCUCAAGAGAGUCAAGGCAACGUUAAAUACUAUCCGCAACGUGGUUUUCUUGGUUCUGGACAAGAACCAGAAAGCCAGAGAGCUGGAGGACGCGUUCCAGAAGAGCUCCGCUAAGGAGAGCGCGGUGGACGGCGAGGUGGCGUACCUGACCCACGAGGGGAUGUUCAUCAGCGACGCCUUCGGCGACGGCGACCUCCCGGCGCCGCAGAGGAACGCGUCCCCCAACAGCGAGCCCUGCAGCAGCGACUCCGUCUCAGAGCCCGAGUGCACCACCGACUCCUCGUCCAGCAAGGAGCACGCGUCCUCCUCCGUCCCUCCCGGAGGAGCCGAGAUGAUGAUCGGCGAGGACAUGAAACUGACUGACCUGGAGCUGGUCAGGCUGGCAAACAACAUCCAAGAGUUACUCUAUAACGCCUCUGAUAUCUGCCACGAUCGUUCAGUCAAGUUCCUCAUGGCCAGAGCGAAGGAUGGCUUCCUAGAGAAGCUGAACUCCAACGAGUUCCUUACUCUUUCUCGCUUGAUGGAAGGCUUUAUCUUGGACACUGAGCAGAUCUGUGGCAGGAAAAGCAUGUCCUUGAGAGGAGCUCUUCAGAGUCAAGCCAAUAGAUUUGUGAACAGGUUUCAUGAGGAGAGGAAGACAAAACUGAGCCUGCUUUUGGACAACGAGCGCUGGAAGCAAGCUGAAGUUCCUGCCGAGUUCCAGGACCUCGUCGAUUCAGUGUCAGAUGGCAGAAUUUCUCUCCCUGAAAAAAAACCAACAGCUACUGAAGAAAGAAAGCCAGCUGAAUUCCUUAUUGUUGAAGGACAAAAAUAUGCAACAGUUGGGACAGUCUUGCUGCUAAUAAGAAUAAUCCUGGAGUACUGCCAGUGUGUGGAUAACAUUCCUUCCAUCACCACUGACAUGCUGACCCGCCUGUCGGAUUUACUGAAGUAUUUCAACUCCAGAAGUUGCCAAUUAGUGCUCGGAGCCGGUGCAUUGCAGGUUGUUGGCUUGAAAACGAUCACUACGAAAAACCUAGCCCUGUCUUCACGUUGCCUCCAGCUCAUCGUACACUACAUUCCCAUCAUCAGGGCCCAUUUCGAAGCCCGGCUGCAGCCGAAGCAGUUCAGCAUGCUCAGGCAUUUUGACCACAUCACAAAGGAUUAUCACGACCACAUAGCCGAAAUUUCAGCAAAGCUCGUUGCCAUAAUGGAUAGCUUAUUUGACAAACUAUUAUCCAAGUAUGAAGUGAAAGCCCCUGUUCCUUCAGCAUGCUUCAGGAAUAUCUGCAAGCAAAUGGCAAAGAUGCAUGAAGCUAUAUAUGAUCUCCUUCCCGAGGAGCAAACUCAGAUGCUGUUUUUACGGAUCAACGCAAGCUACAAACUCCACCUGAAGAGGCAGCUGGCCCACCUCAACGUGGUCAAUGAUGGGGGACCUCUGAACGGGCUGGUUACUUCAGAUGUGGCUUUUUACACUGGAAACCUUCAAGCUCUGAAAGGCCUUAACAACUUAGACCUAAACAUGGCUGAAAUCUGGGAGCAGAAGAGGUGAUAACCCACUGGGAGCAGUCACUUGGCUCUGACAACAGACUGGCUUUCUCCGAAGCGGCGUGACGACAGCGAGGUGAAUACUUGAGCCCAGAGCCCCAGGAAGGGCGGGAUUGAGAGCCGGGGGUGCUUAGACUCAGAGGGAGCUGCAGGGAGAGAUCCUUCCAGUGCCCUUCAGCAAGAAACAAGUGAUCAGCUGUCUGUGCAAUGUUUUUUCAUUCUCUCUGGAAACAGACUCAGGUUUCUUUGGACCAAAUCCAAAAGAACACAUAGCUGUAACACAGCUGUAGUUGUCUAGAAUGCUCUGUAUAUCUUUAUAUUAAAAAGAUGCUUUGCAUUUCUUCUAGUGCAAUG